AUGGCGCGGAGUAUCCAUGGUCGCGAUCAGUCUGGCGACGAUCCGACUUCCUCGUUCGCCGGACCUACCGGCUCACAGUUUGACGCAUCUUCCUUCAACUUCCCCAUUGAUACUCAGCUGGCAGCCAUGAAUCCAAAUUAUGGCAUGUCGACCUAUCCACGAGACCUUGACGACCCUACUGCAUCGCUGGCUCACUCCGGCGCAGAACAGCUGAAUACCCUUGCGGCAGCUUCUAAUGGCGCAGAUGCGUCCAUGGCCCCGCCUCAGACACCCAACCAAGCAUCCUUCAUGCCCGCGCGCAAGAGCGUCGACGACCUAUCUGAUGCAAUGCAAACCCCACAAACCGGAGACAAGAGAAAGCGUUCAAAGACUUCACGCGCAUGUGAUGAGUGUAGAAGAAAGAAGGUCCGAUGCGAUGCGCCGACUGAAGCUGAUGGCACACCCAAAACCUGUUCGAACUGCCAGAAAGCUGGCGCAACCUGUGAAUUUGAACGCAAGCCUAUGAAGCGCGGACCGUCCAAAGGUUACAUCAAAGAAUUGGCGGAACGCGUCCAACAGGUCGAAACCGUACAGAAGCAAGCACAAGCACUGCGGCAGUCUGUCGACGGCAGCUCUAACUUCACUACCUACGCCGAAGCUUUCUCACCUGACGACGCCAAUCCCAGACGACAGUUUUCCUUUCCAGACACACGAAGCCCUUUCACGCCCUCUGACUUUCAGCGCGACCGAAUUCCCAGCACUGGCGCCUGGGGCAACAUCGCUCCCAGUCUACGGUCUCGAGAUACAGGGAGUCUAAUGAUCGCACCCGAUCAGUCAAUGCCUGGAAAUCUCUCCAACCAAGAAGCCGUUAGAAUGGCAGAAAGUGUCAAGCCCUUUUGGUCAGAGGUCGAUUCACCUCCGCCGCAAAAACGACCGCGGCUUGAUGAUGCCUAUGCAAAGCUCGAAAAGUUUGAUCUAAGCGAAGACUACUUCAACCGAUACUACACCUACGUGCAUCCACGCUUUGCCCUACUUCCUGAGGUGGACUCGGUGAUGAAGGUGGUUUCGAAAGCAGUCCCGGCCAUACAACAUGCCUUCACCCUCUCCAUUGAGCUGUUAGUCAGCAGUCAGAAUGAUUCGGCUGUCAAUGGCAACCAAAGUGAUGAGAUAUCUGUGGCUUCUCAUAGACGCAGUCUUCCAACCACAGCAUUCGAGGACAUUCAAGAGUUGACGACUUACGUGGUAUCUGUGGAGCAAGAUGCAGCCUCUAACACGGUCCCUGAUAAUGUUACUUGUCUCUGGACACUACUUCUCCUGGCAGCUGCAUGCGACAGUGAUGUCAACCAAAUCGCAGGCCCGAACGCAACGAAAAAUGAUCUUCUCGCAUCAAGUCUGCGGGUCAUCCACCUUUUCAAGUCCAAGGAUACACAACUCGUCGCCGACGAAAUGGGAGCAGAACAAAUCGAUGGUAUCGUGAGACAAGCCUUUAGCUGUCAAUGCUUGAUGUCCAAACUGUAUGACCUAAGCUCAGGAUCUUACGCCAGAACACUGUCUCCACAAGAAACGCAAGCCAAAGAGACCAUGGUAGGACCUGCUGAUACAGCUAAGAUGCCUGCUGAAGCGGCGUUCCUCAUGCAAUCUUCCAACAUCAUUACCAUGGUCACUUGUUUACUUCACCUGGACGCGUCCAGCUUUGCGGGAGCGCAGGUGAAGCGCAUUCUUACAUUUGGUCUAUUCGAAAAUACACUAAAGAGUUCUCCCACGCUCAGUCUCGACUCUCCCGUCGUGCGCCAAGUCAAACUUCUGCUGGAAUUGCUCACAGCACGAUACCCGGAUACUGACUUCAGUCCCAUGAUCGUCCUCAUGAAGGCUACACAACUCACUGAAUGUCUCACAACCGAUUCCCCAGCUUACCCAAACUUCAGCCCUCUUGAUAUGCACUGUUGGUCUCUGGCAACUAUCACAUUCUGUGAACUGGCUAUGCAUGCAAAAUCAGACAUGUACAUCAAGCCAGCCCUAGAGAAUAUGCAGAUCUUGAAAUCGGCACUUCAACAGAAAUCUGAGCUUUUCCGAAAGCAAUAUGGCUAUGCAUUCUUCUGGUCCCCGGAGAAGAGCGUGGCAGAUGGCUACCGGAUGUCUCAUUGGACAGACUGCCUGCUGAACAUGAUCGACGAUGUCACGGCGAGGUCGUCGACAUUGGGAGAAGGAGCAAACGACGAUACGCUAGUCCUGCCUAACUUCUCUCUCCUGCUAGUUCAAGGCUGGUUUCGUGCACUGUACCACUACCGAUGGAAGGAGUAG